AUGACAAAUCAUUCGUCCAAAUAUGAUAAAUACACCGGUGUCGCAAGAGAGAAUGUUGUAAUUGAUCUGAAAAGAAAACUCCAAACCCAACAAAAUGUGAUGGUAAAAGCAACAACUUCACAACAAUUAAGUUUAAUGGCAUCAUACGUUAUUUCUAAUGAAAUUGCAAAAUCUAAAAAAUCUCUAAAUAACGGUGAAUUUAUUAAAAACUGUACAAUAAAAAUGGCUAAAUCAAUAAACGAAAAUAGAAUUGCGAGUGAAUUUGAAAAAAUAUCACUUUCAAGACGUACCGUGACACGUCGUAUAGCUGACACUGAUAGUGUUAUUCGUGAAACAUUGCAAACUAUAAUGAUGAAUUGCGCAUAUUUUUCAAUAGCAUUAGACGAAAGUACUGAUGUUUCAGAUGUUAGUCAACUUUUAAUAUUUGUUAGAGUUAUUUCUCUACAAUUUGAAAUGUAUGAAGAACUUUUAGAAUUGUGUUCCUUGCAUGGAUCAACCAAAGGAAUUGAUAUUUUUAAUGCUGUAAAAAAUGCAAUUGAACCAUUUGGAGGUUUCAAAAAAAUGUCAUCGGUUGUGACUGAUGGUGCAAAAUCUAUGGUUGGCAAAAAUAUUGGUUUUGUUGGAUUAUUGCGCAAAUCUGAUAUUAAUGUUCCUGCAAUACAUUGCAUUAUUCAUCAAGAAGCGUUGUGUGGUAAAAUAAUGAAACUUGAUAACAUUAUGAAUACAGUAUUUAAAAUUACUAAUCUAAUUAGAGGAGGCAACCGUAGUUUGAACCACCAUAAUUUUAUUAAAUAUUUAGAAGAACUUGAUUGUGAAUAUGGUGAUUUAUUAUUGCACACAGAUGUACGCUGGUUAAGUCGAGGAAAGUGUCUCGAACGUUUUUUUGAUUUGAGAAAAGAAAUAUUAAAUUUUCUUAAAACAAAUAUUACAACUGAUACCACUUAUUUUGAAAAUCAAUUAGUUGAUAAACAAUUUCUAUGUUCAUUAGCAUUUUUAACGGAUAUUUCUCAACAUAUAAAUAAACUAAAUUUACAACUACAAGUUAUAAAACAAGAAUUUGAUAAUGAAUUUAAUUUUGAACAUUGCAUUACCCACAUUGAUGAAUUAAUUGUAGAGUUAAAAAGACGAUUUGAAGAAAUUGAACUUAUGCGUCCUCAAAUAAAUUAA